AUGUAUUUAAACAACAACGAAAAAAAGCUUCGAGUCUUCUGUCCCGUUGUCCUCUUUCAUGAACCAAUCUGCCGACAAAAUGAUUAUGGACAUGAAUACGCUUCCCAUAUAUGUCCAGCGGACGAAGACCAUAAUGAAAUGAUCAGAAACAAUAAAAAACGUGUCGACGAUAUGUUAAACACAAACAGCCAAUAUUGGAGAAUUGUAAUUGAAGGUUGCAGAGCUUAUGAAAAAAACAAAGUUAUUCUCGAUCGUGACUCGAUGAUGGAUACUACACAAUCAUUACCAACAUCAAUGCUAUCUGAAUCUAUUUACAGUCACCAUCAUCUUAUUUCUCAAGACCACCAAACUGUAGAUGAGACUCUUAUCAAACCACCAAAAAGACGGCGUGGAAACUUACCAAAAUCUACAACAGCCUUAUUAAAAAACUGGCUGGCCCAACACAAAAAGCAUCCGUAUCCGACUGAAGAAGAGAAGUCUGCCCUCGCUAAAGAAACAAGAUUAAGCCUCCAACAAAUUUCAAACUGGUUCAUCAAUGCACGACGAAGACAUUUACCUCAUCUGCUCGAAUCCGACUUUGUCAACGGUAAUUCAAUGAAUUCUAGGAGUUCUAAUGAACUUGAUAUCUAUACCUACGAAACCUCCGAAAAUUCUAUUGAAGAUAGCGCUUCGGAUAACGGCAGAUUCAUGAGGCGUCAUCCUGUAAAAACAUGUCCUAGAAUUCAAAAAAAUGGUGCCAUAAAAAAGCCCACUAGGAGAAAGCCUUCUUUAUAA